GGAAACAGCUUAGAGACAAGGCCUAGGGCGUCCUGGGCAAACGCUAUUAUAUUUAUUAUCUCCCUUACCUACCUAGGCAUCGGUCAAGAUUCAGUUGGUUCAUUUGGGGAUCCUGGUCGGUAACGCGGGAGCUAGGCUUAGCGUGAUCCAUGGCAUGUGAAGGUUACGGAGGGACAGUAUUGCAAGCUGGUCUGAACAUACCUACCUACCUUCUGUUUACUUGAAUCUGCGAAUUUACAUAUUGAGCAUUAGAGAUUGAUGAUUAUUGGACGCUGUGUACUUGGUCAAAGAGUGAGGAUAUCUGGAGAUUGGAUUUUAAUCAGUGGACAACGAGGAAUUUGAUACGAUACAAGACGAAUAAUUGAAUAUGGCGGACGCGGAGGAAAAGGCCAAGGCUGAAAAGCUGGCUGCGGCUAAGAAGAGGGUUGAGGAAAUGAAAAAGAAGAAGGCGAAGAAGGCGGGGGGGAAGAAAGAAGAGAAAGUGGGCGCGGUAGCUGAAGUUUCGAAGAGCGAAGAGACGAAGAGCGAGGAGAUAAAGGGCGAAGAGACGCAAGAGACAACUGCUGCAGUACCAUCCGAAGCUUCGACUGAAACACCACUCGAGGCACCCGCCGAAGCGCCAGCAGCUCCUGAGGAUUUAACUGUCGAGGAUGGAAAGAAAGAGGAAAAGCCCGUAGAAGUUUCAGAGACUAAGGAUGAGGACGAGAAGGUAGCGGAACUUACGAGACAUGGAAGGUCGCCCUCCUUAUCGGUACAAUCUAAGAUGAGGUCAUCGUCUUUUAGACAAGCUUCGGGACCUCUUUCACCGGAAAUCGCUUUUAGUCCUAGUGGUGAUACGGCGCCAGAUAUUUAUAGGAAGCAAGCUUUAAGAAUCGAGGAUUUGGAGAAGGAGAAUAAGAAAUUGAGUAAAGGGGCGAUAGAUGCAGAGAAGAGGUGGAAGAAAGCGGAGGAAGAGUUGGAGGAUUUGAGAGAGGCAGAGGGGGAAUCUGCCAAGGGGGAAAAGAGCACUGAAAAUGGGGCUUCAGAGGAGAUUGAGAAAUUGAAAUCUGAAAUCGCAGCGCUCCAACGACAAAACACACAACUUCAGGUUUCUUCCACCCGCAAACAUGUAACUUCGCCUUCGACAUCGGUGCCAGCACCAUCGGAGUUGGAAGCCGAGCUACGUUCUAAAUCCUCGACGAUUGAGUCUAUGGAAAUCGAGAUUUCUAAUCUUAAAGCACAGCUUGAACGUGUCGCAUCUGGAUCAUCUGUGGAAAAAGAACAAAUCACCGCUCUGGAGGAAAAAUUGGCAAGGAGUGAAAAGUCGGCAGCAAAUGCGCAACGGGAACUGGGAGAUCUGAAGAAGAACCUCGAACGAACGACUGAAAAGGCUGUUAAGGAAGGUAGCGAACGUAUAUCUGCAGAAACCAAAUUACGCACAUUGGAAAGAGAAACGGAGGAGGCCAAGGCACACAGUGAUGAACUUCAGAAGAAGGUGGAGGCACUUGAGAAGAAAGUAUCUACACUUACGACGCUUCACAAAGAACACGAUGCCCGAUCACAAGCUCAGAAGAAAGAAUAUGAAAGGGUGGAGAAAGAAGCAUCAGACCUCCGAGCUCGCUUCGCUAGUGUCGAGAAUGAAAAUUCACGUCUCAAGGAGGAAAGGGAAAGAUUGAAGAAACGAGAUGCGCAAGGCAUCGAUGAUGAAGGGGUUGAUGAAUUGGAGAAUGAAGAGAGACAACGCUUGGAAAAGAAAGUCAGGGAUUUAGAGGCGGAAGUCCAUGAAUUGAGAAGAGGCGUAUGGAGAGAUCGAAGAAUCGAAUUACAGGGUGAAGGAGACGAUGGACUUACGAGUCCUGGUGCAAGAUUCACAGAUGUAGAUUUAGGUGGAAGUGGAAGUCCUCAUGCGAGAAAGAGUGGAGGUCCGCAAGGAAUGGGCAUUGGGGAUUAUUUGACCAGUGGCUUUAAUGCUAUUACGGGAGGUACGGCACCGGUAGGACAUGGACAUGAACAUGCAGGAGCAGAGGAGGAUGAUGAAUUGUUGGAUGAUGAUGAUUUACUUGAAUUUGAUGAAGAAGCUUUUAGGAAGGCACAGCAGGAAGAGGCGAUGAAGAGGAUUGAGAGGGUGAAGGAGGUGAAGCGGGCGUUGAAGAAUUGGGAGGGUUGGAGAUUGGAUCUCGUGGAGAAUAGGAGUGCGGGUGGGGAGGGCGUAGGAGAGAUUUUUGAGAUUUAAAAUAGAGAGCUGUUUUAUUUUAUCUGCGUUUAAAAGUCAUCUGUGUUUGAGUGGUUGAAGUGAAUGAGUUUUGGAAUGGAGCGGAAUGGAGUGGUGAAGGAAAACCUGCCUAGGUAUGGAAAAUGGAAAUGGAAAAUGGAAAGUUUUAGAGAGGAGGAGGGGGUUGCAUGAAUGAGUGAUCGCGAUUGUAUCAGUAGAAGUCGGUAUGAUAGUAUGGUGGUAUGGUAUGCGAAAUGGGAUAUGAAUGUACAUGCCUGCCUCAUUUGCGCUAUUCCCAUCUAG